AUGGCAACCAAAGGCAAACAACUUCCGCAUGAGCGGCGGAAAGGCGAGACGGUACGAUAUAUCUCUACCGAAACACUUCUCUAUACUCACGUUCUCCAGGCGUUGAUGGAAUUCGCAGACUAUGUUGAAAAACAACAGAAGAUCCGCCACCCCUCUGCUACAGCUGGCUCAUCCACCACAGUUGAAGAGCACUCGGAGCUCGACAUCCUAGACUCGUUAGACCUGGCAGAUGCCUCCCCAGCUAUUCGAUUGAAAGAGCUACUUCUCACUCACGAUGAUGACACAUUUGCGAAACUGGUCAACCUGUUGGAGACACGAAUUGAGGAGGGACAUGGCGAGACAAUCUUCGAGGUCGGGUUCGAGAAUAAUGGCGACUCGAUGUCAUUGACCAAGGAUGAAUGGGACAUUUCCAUGAAGAGGUUACGGGAAGCGGCCGGCAAAGUACGGGCGGACUGCCAGAUUCUUCUCACGAAACAUGUUGGGGGCGACGUGGAAGCCGAGAGUGCUGCAAAGGAGAGGAAGAAGGACUGCAGUGGGAAAAUCCUGAUCAGACAAUCCCCAGCAACUGUCCAGGAGGUUAUCGAAACUCGAAUUGCGGUCGUGGGAAAUGUCGAUGCUGGUAAAAGCACUAUGUUGGGGGUCCUCGUUAAGGGAGGAUUGAGUCAGGAUGAUGGGCGAGGGAAAGCCAGAGUUAACCUCUUCAGACACAAGCACGAGAUCGAGAGCGGAAGGACUAGCUCGGUCGGGAUGGAGAUUAUGGGAUUUGAUACCAUGGGCAAGAUUGUUACAGCUGAAGUGCCGGGGCGAAAACUGUCAUGGGAGGAGAUUGGCAAACGCUCCGCAAAAGUCAUCAGCUUUACUGACUUGGCUGGACACGAGCGAUACCUGCGAACAACAGUGUUCGGAAUGCUAUCUUCAAGCCCAAAUUACUGUCUACUGAUGGUAGCGGCCAAUAACGGCUUAAUCGGGAUGAGUAAAGAGCAUCUGGGUAUUGCCUUGGCUCUGAACGUUCCGGUCAUGGUUGUCAUCACCAAGAUUGACAUUUGUCCGCCACAGAUUUUGGAACAGACUAUUCAGCAAAUCACCAAGAUUCUGAAAAGUCCUGGAGCGAGGAAAAUCCCGGUCUUCGUCAAGAACCGAGAAGAGUGCAUCAAUACGGCUACUCAGUUUGUCAGUCAACGUAUUUGCCCUGUCUUUCAAGUAUCCAAUGUCACCGGAGAAUCCCUGGACUUGGUUCGAGCGUUCUUGAACAUCCUUCCACACCACGGCCACUACGACGCUGAUGCUCCGUUUGAGUUCCAUGUCAAUGACACUUUUUCCGUUCCCUUCGUCGGAACUGUCGUGUCCGGUAUUAUCAAGAGUGGGGUCAUCCAUGCUGGUGAUACCGUUAUGAUCGGACCAGACUCCCUUGGUCAUUUCACUACCACCAGUAUACGAUCCAUUGAGAGGAAACGAAUACCAGUACCCGCUGCAUCCGCGGGACAGUCUGCAUCUUUCGCGCUGAAACGUGUCAAACGAAAGGAUGUGCGAAAAGGCAUGGUUGUGCUUCCCAAGCUUGAGAAGCUUGAGCAGAAUGCUCCCAAGCUUGAGCAGAAUGCCCCCAAAGUUUACCGAGAGUUUGUUGCCGAAGUACUCAUUCUCUCCCACGCAACCACCAUCAAAACCAAGUACCAAGCCAUGCUCCACGUAGGUCCUAUCUCCCAAACCUGCGCUAUUAUCGACAUCGACCGCGCGUUCAUCCGCACCGGUGACCGCGCGCUGGUCGCUUUCCGUUUCGUCCAAAGACCUGAGUAUCUGGCACCCGGCGACCGAUUACUUUUUCGUGAAGGCCGUACGAAAGGGUUAGGAAUUGUGAAGAGCGUGGGAUAUGACGAAAGCAAACCGCUCAAUCCAAACGCGGCCAAGCAAGAUGAAAAGGCUGAUGAAGCUAAGGUGGACGAUAAGGCUGCCGACGGGGAGACUGCUCAGGAGAAUGGCAGGGUGUGA